UGGGCGAGACCAAGUGCAAGGGGAGAAGAAGAGGCGCGCGCGCGCGCAGUGCAGCACUUCCCGUGGUCGCCCCUCCUACAGCUCAGCAAUGUGGUCCGAUCCGCAGCGAAGGGGGUCGGUCCGGUCUUGAAGAGCAGGAGUUUGAGCGGAAGGCGGGAAGAUGGCGGAUUCCUCGGGGCGUGGGUCGGGGAAGCUUGCCUUGGGUGGUCCCAGCACUCCUAGUGGAGCCAAGAUGAAAGGAAGAAGGGUACAAGGUGGAAGAGUCGUGGAGUCCCGGUACUUGCAGUAUGACAAGAAAACAACCAAAAAGCCUCUUGCCACAGAUGCCUUGAAGCCCAGUGGGAACGUAUCUGAAGGUGGAAAGAAACCUGGCCUGCUCCAGAAAAGCAAAGCAAAUAGCAGUGGGGUCGGAAAGGGUGACCUGCAGUCCACGUUGUUGGAAGGGCAUGGCACAGCCCCACCUGACCUGGAUCUCUCUGCUAUUAAUGACAGAAGUAUGGUGAGAAAGACUCCACAAUUAGAAAAAACAAAGAUGUCAAAGAAAACUGAGUCUGCAUCGUUUUCUGUUCCUGGGAAAAAGAGCCCAGACUUAUCUGAAGAGAUGGAGAUGAUGGAGUCCCAAACAGUACUGCUGACACUGCUGGCGGUAAAGAUUGAGAACAAUCUUUCUAAGUUCGAAGAAACAGCAGAACAGAAUUUAUUAAUACUGUGUAAAGAAAAGGAAAAGCUACAGAAAAAGGCCCAUGAGCUGAAGCGCAGGCUUCUCCUCUGUCAGAAGCAGCAGGAGCUGGCAGACAUCCUUGAUGCACAGAUAGAGAUGCUCAGCCCCUUUGAGGCAGUGGCCCAGCGUUUCAAGGAACAAUACAAGACGUUUGCCACGGCCUUGGACACCACCCGGCAUGAGCUGCCCGUGAGAUCGAUCCAUCUGGAGGGAGACAGGCAGCAGUUCUUAGACUCCCUACAGGGUGAAUUGACAACCACUCAGUGCCUCUUGGGAGAACUUGGUAUUGGUAAUUCAGAAGAAAAUGUGCAAGUGCUGGACUUACUGAGCGAACUCAAGGACGUAACCAUGAAAGAGGAUCUUGAGCUCCGAAGGUGCUUUGCCCAGGUGCUGGAACUCUCUGCUGAGGCGAGUAAAGAGGCUGCCUUAAUAAACCAAGUAGUCUGGGAAGAGGCUCAGGGCAUGGUGCCCCCCAGCCAGUGGUAUUUCAGUCAAGAAGGUGCUUGUGAAGAGUCUGAGGAAGCCCGCAAGAGCACACGCCUUUCUGAGGACAACAAGAACAAGCCAUGCACCCCAUGAAUCCACACUCAGGCUGUGUUCACCAAUCCAAGCAGAGACCUUUGUUUAAGCAGUCAGGAAGAAAGCCCAUUCAUAUCUCUAGUUUCAGAAGGGAUUUGCAGGAACUUGUAGGUGAAAUUCAGGACACUAGAGCACUUUAUAUACACUACCUUAGCAGUAUAGCUAUUUUUGUAUGAUAAACUUUUUUGAUACUUAAAAAAUAAACCUAUUUUGGGGCGGCGCCUGUGGCUCAGUGAGUAGGGCGCCGGCCCCAUAUGCCGAGGGUGGCGGGUUCAAACCCAGCCCCGGCCAAACUGCAACAAAAAAAAAAAAAAUAGCCGGGCGUUGUGGCGGGCGCCUGUAGUCCCAGCUGCUCGGGAGGCUGAGGCAAGAGAAUCGCGUAAGCCUAAGAGUUAGAGGUUGCUGUGAGCCGUGUGACGCCACGGCACUCUACCCGAGGGCAGUACAGUGAGACUCUUGUCUCUACAAAAAAAAAUAAAUAAAAAAUAAACCUAUUUUGACUUGGUGCCUGUGGCUCAGCAGCUAAGGCGCCAGCCACGUACACGGGAGCGGGCAGGUUUGAAUCUGGCCCAGGCCUGGUAAACAAAAAUGACAAUUGUAAUUAAAAAAAAAAAAAAUAGCCAAGUGUUGUGGCGGGCGCCUAUAGUCCUAGCUACUUGGGAGGCUGAGGCAGGAGAAUCGCUAUGCCCAGGAGUUUGAGGUUGCUGUGAGCUGUGACGCCACGGUACUCUACCAAGGGUGACAUAAUAACAUUCGAUGUCUCAAAAAAAAAAAUUAAA